GCGUUCUUUCACAAGUGGUCGUGUAGGCGUGCUGGGCUGUCAACUGGGCCCACUGGCAGGCUAAUCUUCCCCUUGUGAAUCGUCUUGUACUGUUCUCGUGCUAGGCAGUGGGCUGCGACCGAAUCCAACAUAAGAGGAAAGGGGCGUUUGCUUUAUAUUCGUUCUAACCUGCGAUCUCCGUCCAUCCAGCCGAGAGGUCGUGUGCGCGUGGAUCUCUGCGUGGAAGCGAUGAAGAUUACGGCGCUCCUGGUGCUGAAGCCGUCGACCUCUGGAGCCGGGAGCUCCUCGUCCGGCGGCGAGUCGGGCCCGGAGGCGGUGGUGCUCGCGAACGCGAUAGACGUCAGCCACUUCGGCUACUUCCAGCGCAGCGCCGCCCGCGAGUUCAUCGUCUUCGUUGCCCGCACCGUCGCUCAGCGCACCCAGCCAGGCCAGCGGCAGUCCGUCCAGCACGAAGAAUACAAGGUCCACUCCCACAAUAGAAAUGGGCUUUGUGCGGUUGCAUUCAUGGAUGAUCAUUAUCCGGUACGGAGUGCAUUUUCUCUUCUGAAUCAGGUUCUUGAUGAGUACCAGAAGGCUUAUGGGGACUCCUGGAAAUCUGUGACUGCAGAUGAAACUCAACAGUGGGCUUUCCUGACAGACGCCUUGACAAAAUUUCAGGAUCCUGCGGAAGCUGACAAAUUAAUGAAAAUUCAGAGGGACUUGGAUGAAACAAAAAUUAUCCUACAUAAAACUAUUGAGAGUGUCCUUGCCAGAGGAGAGAGAUUGGAUAGCUUGGUUGAGAAAAGCUCUGAUCUGAGUGCUGCUUCUCAGAUGUUCUACAAGCAGGCAAAGAAGACAAACCAAUGCUGCACAAUACUGUAAAUUUUGGCUCUUCACUCAUGGUUGCAAGAAACAAAAACGGUCGAUAUCGUGCUAAUUUAUUUACUGUAAGUUAAGUCGCCAGUGAAGCGUGGACACGUGGUUGCAAGGCCCGAGCUCAGUAAAGGCUAUACUGUUCUUCAAGACCUGCCAGAAUUGGACUGUUUUCUUGUGAGAAUUCCAGCUCUCCAAACAGGCCAUGGAGUACCAUCAACAUUCUUUAGUGACUAUGAAACCUCGUAGUACCAGCUAACACCAUUUACUCUACUACUACUAUAUAAGGCUUGCGUCAAACUGCAGAAAUCACCAAUAUGGUUAAAUUCUCAAAGCUUGCUGGAGCACAUUUUGUGUCC